GUGGAAACGCAUGGCAGAGAGGAAGCGAGGCUGCGAGAAAAGCCGUUUUCCUCCGAGCUGUAAUGGUCGUCGGGACACGACGCUGUCUUUGUAGCAGGGGAGGCUCCUUUUUCCGUCUCUUUCUUUCGGCCAGAGCCAGCGGGCUGUGUCGGUUUAGCCGACCUGCUAGCUAACGUCAAGUUGGAAGAAAGUGGAGAAGACGGCGGCUGAACGGGAGCUCAUCCGCCUACACAGACCUAUGCGACGGACAGCAGGUGAGUGAUGGAGACGAGAGAGUUGACCGUGGUAGCUGGCAGCUUCGUGGGUUUCCAGCUACUCUUCUCGGUGGCCAGCCCGCGGCUCUCCUCUGCCAUCACACCAGGUUAUGGACGGCUGCCUUCCAUCAAGCUCACAGAGUGGAACUCCAGGUUGGUGUCGACUGUGCACGCCCUGAUUGUGGGGUUGUUUUGUCUGUACAUCCUGUGGUACGAUGAUGCGGUCAACGCCAACCCCGUCUGGGGUGACCCCGGUCUCGUCAAACUAAAUGUAGCCAUAACGUGUGGUUACCUCCUCUAUGAUCUCGUGCUGCUUGCGUGUAACUGGAGCACAAUGGGGGACAGCUUUUUUGUGUGUCACCACUUGGCGGCGCUCUAUGCAUAUGGAUAUGUGCUGACACGUGGCGUGCUUCCCUACUUUGCCAACUUUCGUCUCAUAUCAGAAUUGUCCACACCGUUUGUGAACCAAAGGUGGUUCUUUGAGGCAUUAAAGUACCCACGCUCACACCGGCUGGUGGUGUUAAACGGUGUUGCCAUGGCAGUAGUGUUCUUCCUGGUGCGCAUCGCCGUCAUGCCAUCUUACUGGGCCAGUGUAUUCGCCACCUUUGGCACUCCAGACUUUGAGCGGCUGGGCUUGGGCGCCCAGGUGGCCUGGAUCACCUCCUGCAUCGCCCUGGAUAUCUUAAACACUGUGUGGAUGUAUAAGAUCACCCGCGGCUGCUACAAAGUCCUGACUGGGAGGGGAGGACGAAAGGUCAAGGAAGGAACGGAGGCGUUGUCCUCCUCAGACAAGAAGCAUGUCAACAACCACACAGACUAAAGAGAUGUAGCGCAAAGGGUAUGUAGACAGACAUAAGCAGGGAAGGGAGACUGGACAUCUAGGAACCUCACAGCCUCUCUCUUUUGCUAAAGCCUCAGCAUCCCCCCCCACCUCCACCCUCGAAUGCCCCGGUCUCAACCCUCGAUCACCUCGUCAGCUCGCGGACCAGGCCAAGAGUCCUCAGGUUCUGACCCCGACAAGGACACUGCUCUUUGACUCACUCAAGCACCAGCCUUUGCAGCCUCAGUGUUUUCACUGACGGAUGAGUAUCCUGCUGGGUGAUAGCUUUCGGUAGCAAACGACAAGGUAGAGCUCACAAGCACACUUUUAACUCCUUCUGUCAGUCGCCUCUUUUGUCCCGACCGUCAUUCCUCUGUCAUCUCCCCUCAGUCUCCUCUCAUGCUCGACUUCAGCCAAAGCCCAAUCCUCUGAAGUGCCUGCGAAAGACAGGAAAGCAAUAAUUGUGGAGGACUAAGAUCUCGAAGUCUAACAGAGCUUAGCCCCUUCAGAAGACAACCAUGUUUUGCUCAAUAUUGCUCCUGAACGACUGGAGGCGUCUUCUGUUGUUCAUACUCCGUCCACACUUGAGACGUGGCCCACAGAGUGGCGAAUUCUCACAUCAGACCCACACAUUGUUUGUGAAAUCUAUAGGGCUCUUGUCUCGAACUCAUCCGACCUCACAGAAAGAGACAGAAAAACACCAUAAUGCCUCUUCUACUGUAUCACCUGCUGUGGCCUCCUUGUAACAAGUGGCGCCUGCCUAUAUCACCAGCCAUGCCCCUCCACCCUCCGUAGAAUUUGGAUUAUGAGUUUAAAAAAAAAAAAAACUAGGAAUAUGCAUGCAGGAGAGAGGACGACACACUCGCCAACAUCCUUAGCCUGUCACAGGACAAUAUUGCGUUUUCAGUGUUCAUCGUGUCUGCAUCACGGUGCUGUAUUUUGCCCCCUUUAUUCUCUGAUUUUACACAGCCUGAAAUCGUGAGCAGUUACAGUAACAUGUCUGUUUCAUAUUACAUCCAUAGCAACCCUCUGCCUCACUGGAUACUCCACCAUCCAGCUUGAACGUUUGGUUUUGUUCUACCUCUCCCCCUGCCUUACAAAGACUCUGUCAAUCCCUUAGUCAAGAGAUAAUCAACAUUUUGUUUUCUUUCUUUCUACUGUAGAGUUGUUUUAGCCUUUAAAACAUCAUCUUUUGUGAUAUUACUGAUUCAGAGGGACUUCUGCAUCUCCUUUGCUCUUACUGUCUUCAGCGCUUACCCCAACAAAUGCAGUGAAGAGAGCAGCAUCACUCACCAAACUGUGUCCAGUCAGUGUGUGUUUCUAGAGAAACACCCCCAGAGGCUUUUAUUCUUCCAUUUAUCUCAUUUUGCUCUCAGUGACUCUGAGAACGUAAGUGAGCACUGGGGUAGAAAAAGUUCACACUGUGAACUGCUGCUCCAUUCCUCAAGAUUGCACAUGCAUAGCAUAGCGUGAAAACCAUACACGGUAUUUGGUGCCCUUCUGAAACACUGACAGGGUGCUCUUCCUUUGGCAGAAUGUCUGCAAUAGGAAUGCUAGCAAUAUGACAUUUUUCACAAGUUUCUAAUAUCUGAUGAAUUUGGAUUUACCAGUCUGUCACAGCUAAAAGCAAUGUGGCAAUCUGCAUGUUUUUUUUCUGUAUAAACUGUAUCAUCACUAUAGAGCAUGGUAAGAUUGACAUAUUUCUGUGAUGCCUUAGUGAAUAGUUAAGAUAGAUGAAUAGCAUCUAAAUAUUAAUUGCAUUAAUCUAAUGCUUUAAAGGGUUUUGUCUUCCAAAACAGUUAAUGUUUUUGCCGCUCAGAUACUGAAUGCAUGUAUUGUUGAUUUUCUCCUCUCCCUGCAUGUCUGUACAGCAUAUACACAUGCAGCUUUGCAGGUACCUUCUGCACACUGUUUGGCUAACUCACUAAACAUUGCCACAGCCUCUGUAUGCCAGUUGGCAUUACUUGGUUUUACAAAUUCAUUGAUUCUUCUAUUGUACAGUCUGCUGUUAGCAGACACUAAUAACUACAUAGCUGAUAGCAUGACAGACAGAGAUACAAGAGGGUGUUUCAGAUUUGAAAUACGAAAUUUACAAAGGACAAGGUUGCAUGUUUAUUCCUGUUUCCCUUUUUGUUUAAAAGAGUACUCCACUGGCUUGCGCUCCUAUGACAUUGUCAGGCUCAUAGUGGACAGUUGUUUUUUUUUUUUUUUUUAAAGAAUCAUGAUCAAUACAGCAGACCCAGAGAUUUCAGCCAGGUUUCCAUCCAAAUGUGGUGCAAAAAGAAUGCAAAUUAAUGUGUAUUUCCGUCCAUGGCUAUUAUGUAAAUAUUAGGAGUUGGUGCAUCAAGAUAUACAGGUUUUGGUUUUUUUUUUUUUUUGAUAAUUAGAAGCUUUUAUUUCAGUCAAAUUUGAAAUUAUGCGUAAAAACAACGUAAAAACGUAAAAUUCCAUGCAUUAUUUUCCCCUGGCCAAACCUGAUGCCUACAUCACCCACAAUGCAACUUCCCCACUGACAGUUCUGUUGGAGAUUUGGGUGUGUUAAGAUGGUAGCAGCUAAUGUAGCCACAAGCCGCUAACCUCCAGCAGAGACGUGGAGCGGGCUACAGAGGUCUGGAAAGCUCACUUCGACUCACUCUUCUCACUUCUAACUCCAUACUGCCAGACUUUUUCCAUUUUCAGCCCAAUAAACGCUGACUCUUGUAACAUCACUCUAGGCAAAUUAUCAGACUCGACACUGCUCGCUCUGGAGCCACUAAAGGCUUUAUACAUUUUGUUUUUCCACAUACGCAGUGGUGCUCUCCAAGACGUGUCAACAGACUGAUUACUAGAGUUGAUGGAGUUGCCCUUCAAGUCCUUGUAUCUCUAGUUGGAUAGAUAGUUAUGAUAGCCUGGUGGUGUUUUCACUGUGGAACUCUAAAGCACACUCCCUGUGGGGCAAUAACUCAGCGAUCUCCUGUAUUUCUGUCUGUCACCACAGAGGAGGGGCUACAGUAUCUUGUGCCUUUACACAAAUGGUGGAUGUGAUGCAGCCAGGUUUGGAUUAGCAUGACCUUUCUGAUGUAAUAUCCAGUGAUGAUCUCCUCUGUAUUCCAUACGUGUACUCUCUGUAUAUAUUUUUAUAAUUGCCUGCACAAUGAUUAAUCCGGCCAAGUAUUAUAAUCCAAAGCUGAUCCCUGUCGGGGAGCCUGUUUUGUUGCUCUCCUGAAUACGGGGGACUGUCUCUAUGAAUGUUGCGAUGGAUUAUUUAGUGGCAUUAAGAUGAUCUCACAGUGUCCAAGGUGAUGAGAAUGGAAAUCAAACUAUAUUUUUGACAUAUCUUUAAGAUAUACAGGUAGUUGACAGGAAGGCUAACAUCUCGCUUCUUCGGCCUCCUAAACUUAAAGCUGUGAAUAGUUGUGGAGUAAAACUGUAGUCAUUCGUCACGACACUAUGAUGGUUACGCUACACUGUGGGAGAUUUCCUGAGACUGGCUGAGCAGUGAUGCCGAUAACACUUGUUAUAGCAGCGUCCUGUGCUUUUGGUUGAGUUUAGACUGAGACUACUCUCUGAUGCAGGUCUCGUGCACAAAGUAAAAACAACGUGUAUAAGAAUUACAGCAUGUUGCCUGGUUGUCUAUGGACUGGACAGAAUGAGAGUUUUUUGUAUUUGUCAGGGUUUUCUAUAGAAUCUGUUUCCAGACCUGAUAUUUGUGCUGUAUCUCACAACCUGGGGCUGUUUGAAAAUCAACAGAAUGAAUUAAUGAUUCGAUAAGGCUGCUAUUGGAAGGCCAUGAUGUGUAUUGUAUCAGGUUAGAAGAACCACAUUGCCUUUGUUUCAUUGGGGAGGCCAGCAUUCAUUAUAUAAUGAAUAUAUUUAAAUAUAUAUAGCAUAAAGGUAUAUACAAAUCUGUAUAUAUCUGUGAUCAAGUGUUGAAACCAGAUGCACACUGUACUAAUUUCUCCUGUGUUUUGGUCACAUUUGGUUUCGUUUGGAUGACAGGACAUCAUGUUAGGUACAUUCUAACAAAGCUACAUCAGAAUCUGGUACUUCAGCAGUGUACUCUGCCGGUCUUCUCAAGGUUACACUUGGUACUUAGACAACUAGUAUUUUUGCCCCAUUUUUGUUCUUCUGAAAUACUUGAUUUCACGUUCAGUCCUAGGUGUACAAUGAAAUAGAAUGAAUUGAAUUUCAGUGUGACGAGGAUGACAACAUUUGUAUAAUGUUUGAGAAUAACUGGAAAAUUUGCAGACAAACUGAUAAUCAAAAAACUUACCUUGUUUUUUUCUUUUGAAUGACUUGCCAGUGUGGCUUAUGUUCCUUCCCUUGCUAUUUUUAUUUCGCCUUUUAUUGCAAUGCAAUUUCUUCUUAUGAUUGUCUUUUGUUUUCUGGAGAUUUUAAUGUGAAACAGCCUACACUACACACAGGCCUUAGGGUCCUUGUCUGAGCAUUACCUUGUGACUGGGAUUGUCGUCGUCUACAAUGACCACUACUAAUGAUUAUGUAACUGUAGUGCUGAAAGCUGAGACUUACUUGAAAGUGUUGCUCUUCAAUAAAGUUGAA